GUUGGUUCCACUACCCGACAAUCUCCAUAAUCUUGCAUCAGAACCAUGGAUUCAACAACCGCGGUUCGACGUCGUCGUCGUAGACGCGUUGCCGAAGAGAAUCGGAAACGUGCACCUCGAGCGUGCGAUCGAUGCAAGGCUCGGAAAAGCAAAUGCAUCGAGUCAAGUCCAGGUGUUUGUCAGAGAUGUCAAGCGAGUAAGCUGAGCUGUCGCUUUGACAGAGAUAGGCCGUUUCCGCGACAAAGCGAAAGCCCCAUGCCCGCUGCAGAUGCUACCAUUACUGCUGCUGCCUCAUCACAAACUGGAGCAACGCCACAAGAAAACAUAUCCAUAGAAAGCCACCAGACUGAAAGCAUAUUAUGGCCGCGAUUCUUGACCAGGCUACGCGAGGCCUUUUCCUUGGACCCAAUAUCAGGCCCAGAAGAGCAGGAUAUGGUCAAUCUGCAGGCUAACGUUACGCGACCAAACAACCCAUCGCUUACAGAGCAGGCCCGCCUCAAGAAAAUUGUCGACUCGUUUCCUCCCCGGUCUAUCGCUGAGUUUCUCGUCCAUGUCUGCAUCAGACGUGGCACCGAUGUCUUCUUCUACUUUGACCAAGCACAACUCAUUCACGAGAUUGAGCAGUUCUACACCAGUCAGAUAUGCCCUUUGAGGUUUGACCCAACUUUCAUCUGUCUUGCAUUGACCAUCUUCGCACUUGGCAGCCACUGGACACCCUUAGAGCGACCAGGCCAUUCGCGAAUUGAUGAACACGAUCCCGGGCGUUUGUUCUUUGAGCAGGCUAAGCUCCUUGUACCGGAUAUCAUUGAGCGCCCGGGUCUCAGAUCAAUACAGGCAUGCUUAAUUCUUGGCGUCUAUCUCAUGCCACUGAAUGCCGUUGGAUCUUCGUAUGUCUAUACGGGUAUGGCUUUGAGGAAGGCUUUGGCAUUUGACCUUCAUCAGGACUCCGACGACCAGGCGAUGGACGCGCGAGAACGAGAAGUUCGUCGUCGGCUAUGGUGGUCAAUCUUUUCACUCGAAAGGUGCUCGACAAUCAAGCUCAAUAGGCCCCGGUCGGUGUCCCCUGAGAUCAUUACAGUCCCCUUACCGGCUAUCCUGCCAGGACUUGACGGUUCCCAGAAGUUCAACAACGUUCUUCUCCAAAUAGCCUUUGCUCGUCUCAUAUCCAUCUUGGACAGAGUCGCUGAUUGGGAGUCAACAGUAACAAAUACCUCCAGCCGGACAGAUACAGCGAGCCUGGAGAACCAGCUAAGAGAGUGGAAAGAGUCGUUGCCCGAAGACUUCGACCUGGAGACAAUCCCCCCGCGAGACUCACGAUAUCGCGCCGUCUUUCACAUCUGGCUGAACUACUACUAUGCAUGGAUCGUCAUGGGUAAGAUGUCUCUCAUUACUGUUGUGAGAAUGACUCUUCGACUCCAUCUUGCAGGCGAUGCAGAACCAUCCGUCAUCGACGAAAGGGCUGAAAAGCUAUCCAAGUCAUGCGCAAAGGCUUCUAAAAAGCUGCUUCAGCUCUUUGAGGACUUGAACCAAACUGGCUAUACCACGCGAUUCUCUUUCACCGACUUCCAAGGCUGCAGUAUUGCGACCAUCGUCACUCUCAUAGCAGGUAUUCUUGAUCGGGACCCCGGAUACGAAAGAAGAGUGAGGUUCGGUCUGGACUUCUUGCGAAGAAUGGCGACAGGCAACCCAAAUGCUCAAGUUGGUGUUCGAUUUGUCGAAGCUCUUCGGUCCAUCUCGAACGAAGCUUGGGGUAAGCUCAGUCGUUCGAGACAGCCUCCGGUUAAUUUUAGUGACGCGGGACUACUGUCGGCUGCAUAUAAUGAUUGGGCAGAGUGGCUCUCAAACCAAGAACAGUCACAGAGUGUUAACAACAACGAGACGAUUCGUGACGACACAACAGGCGCCGACCAGACUCCAGCCGUACAGUCAGCCCCAGUGUCGGAGUUCUGGUCUGCAGGGCCUGAACAGGAUAUGGAAUGGAGCUCACGCGCUGAUGCAGUUCUUGAGCCACUCAUGUCGCGUCUACCGAUGCCGCAGCUUCAGGCGGGCGAGCAACCUGAUCCGUUUGAGACAUAUCGCCUUUCUACGACUUAUAAUGACGACCAGACAUUCUUGAUGGGGCUUACGGGGUUUGAUGUACUGGACUUUGCUGGCUAUCCUCCCGACAUGGCGCCAUGAAGCUUUAGUUAGACAAUUGACGCUUUGGAAAUUGAAAUACCACAAGGAUAUGUUAAUGGGCUUUAUGUGAGACCGUGUUAUGUUUUCGCUAUCAAUUUUAAACAAAGGAAAACAGAAUCGAAAAGAAUUGCGGCCACGAACCAAUUAUUACACAUACAGCCUGUCCAGAGUAUAGUUCUUAAAGCA